UCUCUGAACACAAAAUAUUUCCAAUUUGGCGCUCAUGUCUCUAAUCUCUAAUCUCCCAUUUACUUCGAUGGAGAUUAGGCCGGCAGAGUAUACCCCAUCCAAGAUGGUUAUCUAUGAAUCCGAUCUAUCCACAAGAAGGCUUGAAGAAUUGCAUAGACAACUUCACUCCCUUCAAAAGGAGAAGGUUGGACGCCUAACGCAGGUGAUGGACCUUUCGAAUUCUUUGAAUUCAUUAUGUCUUGUACCAGAUACAGAUUUCAAACAGACUGUUCAUGAAGUACACCCUAGUUUUGUUGAGACUGAAGGCUCAAAGAAUAUUAGCAAUGACUCAAUUGAAAGUUUGGCCACUGCAAAACAGAGAUUGCGAGAGGUCAAGAUCCAGAGAAUGCAGAAGCUUCAAGAUCUUGCAACCACUCUGCUGGAACUCUGGAAUUUGAUGGAUACACCAAUCGAAGAACAACAGUUGUUUCAGAAUGUAACAUGCAAUAUAGCUGCUUCAGAACAUGAAAUUAAGGAGCCCAACACACUUUUAUUGGACUUCAUUAACUGUGUAGAGGCUGAAGUUUUGGGGCUUCAACAGCUGAAAGCUACCAAGAUGAAAGAGUUAGUACUGAAGAAGAAAACAGAACUGGAGGAGCUCCAUCGUCGGACACAUCUAGUUGCAGAGGCAGACAGUGAAACAGAAUUUGCAAUUGAUGCUAUUGAGGCCGGAGCAAUUGAUUCCUCUCUAGCACCGGAGCAGAUUGAGGUUCAAAUUUCAACUGUUGAAGAGGAAGCUUUUAGCAGGAAGGAUAUCCUUGAGAAGGUUGAAAAAUGGUUAGCUGCAUGCAAUGAAGAGUCCUGGCUGGAGGAAUACAAUAGGGAUGAGAAUUGCUAUAGUGCUGUAAGGGGUGCCCACUUUACACUCAAGCAUGCUGAAAAGGCUCAUGCUUUGGUCAAGAAGAUUCCAGCAAUGGUGAAUGCUCUGGCUGCCAAAAUUACAGCGUGGGAGAAAGAUAGGGGGAUUGAGUUCACAUAUGAUGGUGUAAGCUUAUUUCGUCUUCUAUCAAUGCUGGAAGAGUACACCAUAACGAGGCAGGAGAAAGAGCAAGAGCGCAAGAGACAUAGGGAUCAGAAGAGACGUCGGGGUCAACUUAUAGCUGAGCGAGAAGCACUCUUUGGGCCCAAACAAAGCCCUUCAAAGCUUCCUAGAACUUCCACUGGGGGAUCAAGCAGAAGGCCAUCUCUAGGUGGAGCCAUAAUACAACCCCCGAAGCCGCCUGAAGCGCUUCAUUCUAAGUCCACACGCUCAACCAAGAAGGGCGAUGGCGACAUGGGCGCUCUUUCUCCUGGUCAGUUUUCUUUGAACUCUCACAUGGCAAUUGUUUUAAAGCUGCUGCUUUUUUUUUUCUUUAUAAUCAAUAAGGUGGUUUUAGUUAUAGAUUUUAGCAUAUAACCUUGAAUACCGACACCCUCUCGGCCUAGAAAUAAUGAUGUUGAAGAGAACAGGACCCAAAGAACAAUGCCUAUUUCGACUCCUCAAACUCCAAUGACAGUAUCUGCCCCUAUGCAGAUGGCUGCAACACCUGCUCUAACCUGCAUCGUUUACAAAGCGGCAGUCACAAAAGCACCAUUGAAGGAGAUAGAAUACUCAUUUGAAGAGAGAAGGCUUGCCUCACACCUUAGGAGAUAAAAGAGUCUUGUAGAAUUGGACCUCGCAGAUAUGAAAUUUUCUUGUUUACUUUUUCUUAGUCAAUAUAAGUCGAUACAAUAUUCUCUGUAUUCUUUUCUCUCUCUGUAUCUGUGCUAGCUUGAUCCUUGCCUACGGGCAGUUGCAUCACUCUUCUUCUGAGUGUAAUCUUAAGCGGUUACGUAAGGCAUUUCUACCGUUAAUUUUUACUAUUUUCUUUGACGUCCGUGCUUACUCGGAAAGUUUUGGACUUGUCGAUGCUGCCAAGCAACGUGCGGUUAAAGAUGUCAUCAUGAACUCAGGGUGCGGUGGAGCAGGAUUACAGGAAUCUAAGCUCUGCAGUGGAUACUUGUGGUGGCAUCUUUGUAGCUUGGAAUUCAAGAACACUUCAUCUUGCCGGGCAAGAUAUCAAAAAUGCUCCAUCACCGUUCAUGGAUUCUACCAAAAAAUGUCUCGGACCUUCACAACUUAUACGAUCCUCUUUCCCUCGUCCCUGGAUGAUUGGUGGGGGUUUCAGUGCCACCUCCAAGCUCUAUAAGGAAAUCCACAGUCUUCCUCUGAUGACGGCAUUCCUAGAUUGCAUCCGUUCAUUGCAACUGAUCGACAUCCCAUGAAAGGCCAACACUAUACUUGGAGCAACCAUAUACUCUCCAUCAAUGGCCAAGCUUGAUAGGUUCCUUCUCUCUUUCAAUUAUGUUGUCAAGAAUUCUUGGCCGUAACUGGGUCUAAUCAUGCACUGGUCAAGCUAAAGUGGUUCUGUCUCCUCAACAAGAUUCAUGGAGCUUUCAAAUUCAAAAGGAACUGGCUUUCUGAAGCUUCGGUGCAGGAGGUAGUGAAUUGAGCAUGGAUUAGAGUUCCUUCUUCCGGUAAUGCAGCUAUUGACUUGGUAAACAAAAUUAGAGGAACAAGAAAAGCUCUAAAAGCUUGGAGCGCUGAACUAGCUAAAAGAAUCAUAUACUUUAUAAAUCUUCAUUACCGUUAUCUUACCUUGGGCUAACUUUAUAUCCGACCAGCUGCCACUAAUGAAACAACUUGCAACUUGGAAGAGCAGUUUUCUCUCUUAUGGUGGCAGACUCACUCAGUUAUUGCAAUGCUUGCUGCCUUAACCUCAAUGCUAGAUGUCCUUGUACAAAUCACUGACCUGCAUGAGCAGAAAACUUGAGACUCAAAAGAACCUUUUUCUGAAAGGGGACUUCUUCUACCUCAGGCUUAUCAAGACUAGUUAAUUGGAAGACAUGCACCAA